AUGGCCUUCGAGUCUUCUACUCGCUGCCUUUUCAUAUGGAUUACAAUAUUAUCCAGCCUUGCUGCCUGUAUCCAGCUCGAUGACGGGACCAAGGCUUUCGUACCGACAUGUGCCCAGUCAUGCUUGGAGUCCUUCAUAGAGGACAGUUACCCGUCGUCAGAUUGCAAAUCAAACCCGACCCUUCAAUGUCUAUGCUCAGAGAAGACCAACUCUGGUUAUACCAUCGGAGAAGGUGCACUUGAGUGCAUUAGCAUAGAGGCAGACCUGGGAUUGUGUGACGCAAAUGACGCGAGCAGUUCUGUUAGACGUAGUGCCUACCUCAUGUGUUCUAACGUGCCAGACACGUUACCCAAUACACAUGACACCCUAACAGCUACUAUCGCAAGUGGCUCAGAUAGUGGAGCACUUUCAAUCGUCAUGACGCCUUCUUUGGGCACAACCACAGCUACUCAAACGGAAACGAGUCCGACAACAACAGAGGCGGAUACAGCAGGUACACAAGAUGUGGCUCCUUCUUCUCUUUCUGCUGGCCAAAUUUCUGGGAUCGUCGUUGGCGCUGUCGGCUCUGUCAUGAUUGUAUUAUUUGCUAUUUUACUUAUAAAACGUACACGUCGACGGAAGUACCUAGGGGUCGAGGAGGGAUAUAGCACAUCGUCUGAUGAGGGCAGACAUGAUGAUCCUUCCACGUCGGAUAUACCUCGUGGUUUAGUUAUAUCGCCUCCGUUUAGAAAUUUUCAAUACCCUCAGGCAGAGCCCCGGCCUCCGCCGCGGCCUCCGCGAUUCGAUGCGCCACUACCAAAUGUCCCCAUUCUUCCAGUACACCAUCAUGAUAUUUCCAAUCCCAGUCCUCCACCAAACUCCCAUCCCUUGAAAAAUUCUAACAAGAGAUCUAUUGGAUUGGCUAUAUCGCCUCCUCGAAAUCUAAUACCUCCGAGAUCGUCGAUAAUUGGAAGAAGCACAUCACAACCACAACUCCGGGGCCAACCAGUUUCAGCUUUACAUCCUCGGGGCCCCAUUCAUGAUAUUGAACCCGUAUCACACUCACAAGCAGCUGCAACGCGCACACCAAUAUCACCUGACAGGGCAAGCACUCUUACAAAUAACACAGCUUUUGCGGAUUUGGACGCCGAAGUUGGGGAAGGUGUUCCGGUUUUGCUACCACCGCGCAUCGAUGCUCAGGAGGCGACAAAUAUAUUCAUGGCUAAAAGAUUGAAGAGUCGGGUGGUAAGCCAGUACAAGCCCCAGUCUGGGAGAAAGCAGGUUCCAAACCCCGCGGAACUCGAUACAUAUACGCCAUUGACGAAGUCCCCCAUAGAGAGAAGAGAGGAAGAAGAAGCGUUGGCAAUGGCAGCAGCGAUUUCAGCAGCUUCUGCGUUGCCAGAGGGGCUGCGUUCACCGUUCGUGUAUAAAGCCCGUGCAAACAGGACUCGCAGUCGUUCCUCGAGCAUAUAUUCACAAGCCAGCAUUGUUCGCCGCGGUUCUAGAGGUGCAUCCACACAUAAUAGUCUUCGGCACUGGAAGAACAACGGUUUCAAGCUUACUCGAACGGGCACGAGCAAGUCUCACGAUACUGUUACUACAAUCAACACUUGUGCGUCAACUGAGUAUGACACUGAAUCUCCUUGCGAUCCGGAUAAUGUUCGUAAGUCGCAUCUCUCGACGGUUAUGGAAAGACAUCCUUCGCCUCCUAUCCAAGGGCGGUCCCCCGUCACAUAUCCGGAGAUUCCAGGGCGCAGAAGUCAAACGUCGCUCCGAGCCAGAGAAAGCCUCACAAAUUCGUCCUCGAACCAUUCCAGUCCAGCACUAAGGAGUGCUGCCACUCCCACGAACAGCAAUAGCGGGCUGUAUCCGGAACCCUUAGACACGAAACGAUCACAGAUGUCUUAUGUAUCCAAAUGGGUUAUUGGUCCAGCCCUUGAAGCCGGCUCAUCCCACUACGAAAGUCAGUCAGAAGCUGGGGCCCGCAAUUCCGAGGUGUAUCUCCCACUGCGAACAUCCAGCAGUCAGGCUCUACCGCCUCAUCUCGAAGGACACCCCGCAUUACGAACGCGGUCCUCGGAAUAUGGAUCACAGUCCAGUGACCUGGUUACUACGCCUUACCAACUGCCGACCGACGAGACAAUAGGAUUAGGUGUGCGCCCUGCUCCUGGACAUAGGCACUCGCCCUUGAGCAUGGCAACGAUGAGCUCAAGUGGCGAGCAGGUGGGUGACUUACCGACCACGGGAGCAUCAGGAACGAGUUCGCUAUUAGCGAAGCGAAUCGGAAACGCCAAAGCCGCGGCUCUGGCCUUCUCCCCUACCUCUAGAAAACGGAAGGCACAGCGCGUAAGCCAGAGCUCGAUACUUGCUUCCUUUCCUCAUCCGCCUCCCCCUGAUCCCGCUGAGAUGGCGGGGAGUGGCACGCUGCCACAAACGCCCAUAUGGCAGCCGAAACUCACGCCGACGAGAAAGGGGGGCGACUUGUACUUGAACGUGCAGUAG